AUGCAUGCACGAACCACCAUUGUGAGACAGGUCUCCCUUGCCAACGCUCUGAGACGCCAUGUCACCUGUAGAGCCUUUUCCAUUGCACAUCCUUUACGAGAACAAGCUAGCAAGGAAACAUUAGUACCACCUACUGAAGAUGUCAAAAGACCUAUUUGGCGAGCACUUGCAGAAUCAGCAGGUCCCGUGACACCUUACAACUUAUCGAUUGGACGAUUGCUUGCAGCUGGAUUACAUCUUGGCCAUUCAACAGCAUUAUGGGAGCCAGCGACAUUGCCAUUUAUCUUUGGUACACGUCAAGGGAUCAGUAUUAUCAAUUUGGAGCAUACACUUGUCUAUUUGCGUCGUGCAUGUAAUGUUGCUCGUGAAGUAGCCUAUCGUGGUGGCAGCAUUUUGUUUGUUGGUACUCGACCCGGAUUUCAGGAUUUGACGAUUGAUGCAGCACGACAAUGCGAAGGAUAUCACGUGUCUUCAAAGUGGAUUCCAGGCACACUCACAAAUGCACAACAAGUCUUGGGUCGUCAUGCACCACCUGAUCCAGAGAACCCAGGUCGUACUCCAACGACAUUCAAACCCGAUUUAAUCAUCUUGUUGAACCCAUUGGAGAACCGUAUCGCCAUCUCAGAAGCACAACUCAACAUGAUCCCUGUCAUUGCUAUCACGGAUACUGAUUAUGAUCCUCGUCGUGUCACUUAUCCUAUCCCAGCAAACGAUGAUUCCAUUCGUGGUGUUCAACUUGUUGCUAAUGUCAUUUCAUAA